GAUAGAUUGAAUAAAUUAACCUGGGGCGAUGAGGAUCUUCCUUAAGAUUAUAAAAAGGGAAGUGGGACCGUUAAUCGCUACCUGUUAGGCGAAUCUCAAGUGUCCAGUUAACACAGGCGCGGACACACCAUGAUUUUGAUAACCUGGGGUCUUUUGACCCUAUUGGCCUUCUCCAACGUCGGGGGAGACCACAUAAAAGGAGGCGACCACAUCAAAGGUGCAGGCAGUGGCAUAAAAUCAGUUCCUCAGGCUUUCAUUCAGCAGGAAGAAGCUGCUCCAGCUGUUAUUACGAAGACAUCAAUACCGGCCAGUGUUAAAACAACAUCGGUAGAAGCAAUCACAAAAAAAGGAACAGCUCCUUUUGGUUUGAAAACAGUACAAGUACCACAUGAGUUCUCUGGCAAAACACACCGCACGGCAGAACUGCACCAAGCUGCAGUUGAGCCUGUCGCACAAGCUCCAGUUGUUCAAGUUGCUGAUGCUAGUGAUCCAGGACGAGUUAAAGGUCUCAAAACUGUUAGUGCUUUGGCUUCAACAGUCGGGAAAACUUCCCCCGUUCCUGCAGCAGAAGCUGUUCAAGCACCGGAUAUUAAAAGAUUAAAGACUGUUGCUGCUGCUACAAAGGGUAAAACUCGAUUUUCAGUCUCAGAUCCACAGUUUAGAGAACCUGUAUCAAGACCAAUCGUCGAUCAAACAGUUGUUACAGCAAUUAAAACGUCAUCAUCAAUUCUCCCCCAAAAAACAAUCAAAUCGGCAGAAACGAAGUUAAAUCAGCCUAACAUAAUUCUCACUCAGCAAAAACUUACCUCGGCCGUCACAAAAGAAGGAAGCGAUGUUUUACCUCAAACUAUGCAAGUUCAGCCUUUACAGUAUAUAGGAGAACGAGCACCAACCGAGUUUGCUGGAAUCGAAGAAGCCAGAAAAAUCCUGACUGCUACGCCCUUAAUAAGAAAUCAAGAAUUAAGUACUGACAUUAAAUUAUUGAACAGGCAGUUAAUGGAAAAGCAAAGUGAGGAAGAGCUCAAGCGAACCCUAGCAGGCAUCGUGAAUGCAGAUUCAGAUAUUGGUGCGAUUACACUUUCGGAAGCUGAGCUAAACGACAUAUCAAUGCGUAUCGGAGCCAAUGCCUUGAGGGGAGAAAUUCAAGAAACUCAAGGAAGAGCACCAAAUCAAAGACAACAAAUGAGACCAAUUAAACCAGCACCACAACAAAGAAGACCAGAACAGUUCCCACGAGCCAGACCAGCAACGGUAAGACAAAGAAUACCUGUCGCUCCCAACCCACAGAUAAUCGGCGGAGAUACUGGAUCUGUGAGUGGAUUCGAUCAACGUAUAAGAUACACUGGCACUCGAGUGACGACUUCAGGAGUACAAAGUGCAGGACGAAUUAUUCCAGGGCAAGCAAUCGGAGGUACACCUAUCAUUCAAGGAGAAAACAUGCAAUUUAUUCUCGGUAAUGCUGCAGGAGGUUUUCAGCCCGGAAGUCAGGGAGCAGCAGUACCCAGGCCACGGGUUUCUCCGCAAGCUAUUCCAAAGCCACAAGUUUCAGCUCCAGCACUGCCUAAGCCACAGGCCCCUGUUCCGAUACUGCCACAACCUGAUCUGAGCACAGAUAUUGUAGAACUGAACAGGCAAUUAAUGCAAAAGCAGAGCGAACAGGAAAUCAAACAAACGUUGUCCGGAAUUGUACGAACUGAUUCAGAUCUUGGAGCAAUAAUUCUUUCGGAGGCUGAACUCACAGACUUAUCCAGACGAGUGGGUGGCGCAGCCCCGAGACCAGCAGCUCCAGCUCCUCAACAGAGAAGACCAGAGCAGUUACCAAAGCCAGCAGCACCAGCACAAAGAAAACCAGCUAUUCCAACACCUCAGCAAAGGAGACCAGCAGUUGUUAGACAGAGAAUUCCAGCUGCUCCCAAACCACAGAUCAUCGGUGGAAGUGCAGGAGCUGUGAGUGGAUUCGAUCAACGUAUAAGAUACACUGGCACAAGAGUGACGACUUCAGGAGUACAAGGUGCUGGACAAAUUAUUCCAGGGCAAGCAAUCGGAGGUACACCUAUUAUUCAAGGAGAAAACAUGCAAUUUAUUCUCGGUAAUGCUGUAGGAGGUUUCCAGCUCGGAAGUCAGGGAGCAGCAGCACCCAGGCCACGGGUUUCUCCGCAAGUUAUUCCAAAGCCACAAGUUUCAGCUCCAGCACUGCCUAAGCCACAGGCCCCUGUUCCGAUACUGCCACAACCUGAUCUGAGCACAGAUAUUGUAGAACUGAACAGGCAAUUAAUGCAAAAGCAGAGCGAACAGGAAAUCAAAGAAACGUUGUCCGGAAUUGUACGAACUGAUUCAGAUCUUGGAGCAAUAAUUCUUUCGGAGGCUGAACUCACAGACUUAUCCAGACGAGUGGGUGGCGCAGCCCCGAGACCAGCAGCUCCAGCUCCUCAACAGAGAAGACCAGAGCAGUUACCAAAGCCAGCAGCACCAGCACAAAGAAAACCAGCUAUUCCAACACCUCAGCAAAGGAGACCAGCAGUUGUUAGACAAAGAAUUCCAGCUGCUCCCAAACCACAGAUCAUCGGUGGAAGUGCAGGAGCUGUAAGUGGAUUCGAUCAACGUAUAAGAUACACUGGCACACGAGUGACAACUUCAGGUGUACAAAGUGCAGCACGAAUUAUUCCAGGGCAAGCAAUCGGCGGUACACCUAUCAUUCAAGGAGAAAACAUGCAAUUUAUUCUCGGUAAUGCUGUAGGAGGUUUGCAGCCCGGCAGUCAAGGAGCAGCAGUACCCAGGCCACGGGUUUCUCCGCAAGCUAUUCCAAAGCCACAAGUUUCAGCUCCAGCACUGCCUAAACCACAGGCCCCUGCUCCAACACUACCACAACCUGAUCUGAGCACAGAUAUUGUAGAACUUAACAGGCAAUUAAUGCAAAAGCAGAGCGAACAGGAAAUCAAACAAACGUUGUCCGGAAUUGUACGAACUGAUUCAGAUCUUGGAGCAAUAAUUCUUUCGGAGGCUGAACUCACAGACUUAUCCAGACGAGUGGGUGGCGCAGCCCCGAGACCAGCAGCUCCAGCUCCUCAACAAAGAAGACCAGAGCAGUUACCAAAGCCAGCAGCACCAGCACAAAGAAAACCAGCUAUUCCAACACCUCAGCAAAGGAGACCAGCAGUUGUUAGACAGAGAAUUCCAGCUGCUCCCAAACCACAGAUCAUCGGUGGAAGUGCAGGAGCUGUGAGUGGAUUCGAUCAACGUAUAAGAUACACUGGCACUCGAGUGACGACUUCAGGAGUACAAAGUGCAGGACGAAUUAUUCCAGGGCAAGCAAUCGGAGGUACACCUAUCAUUCAAGGAGAAAACAUGCAAUUUAUUCUCGGUAAUGCUGCAGGAGGUUUUCAGCCCGGAAGUCAGGGAGCAGCAGUACCCAGGCCACGGGUUUCUCCGCAAGCUAUUCCAAAGCCACAAGUUUCAGCUCCAGCACUGCCUAAGCCACAGGCCCCUGUUCCGAUACUGCCACAACCUGAUCUGAGCACAGAUAUUGUAGAACUGAACAGGCAAUUAAUGCAAAAGCAGAGCGAACAGGAAAUCAAAGAAACGUUGUCCGGAAUUGUACGAACUGAUUCAGAUCUUGGAGCAAUAAUUCUUUCGGAGGCUGAACUCACAGACUUAUCCAGACGAGUGGGUGGCGCAGCCCCGAGACCAGCAGCUCCAGCUCCUCAACAGAGAAGACCAGAGCAGUUACCAAAGCCAGCAGCACCAGCACAAAGAAAACCAGCUAUUCCAACACCUCAGCAAAGGAGACCAGCAGUUGUUAGACAGAGAAUUCCAGCUGCUCCCAAACCACAGAUCAUCGGUGGAAGUGCAGGAGCUGUAAGUGGAUUCGAUCACCGUAUAAGAUACACUGGCACACGAGUGACAACUUCAGGUGUACAAAGUGCAGCACGAAUUAUUCCAGGGCAAGCAAUCGGCGGUACACCUAUCAUUCAAGGAGAAAACAUGCAAUUUAUUCUCGGUAAUGCUGUAGGAGGUUUGCAGCCCGGCAGUCAAGGAGCAGCAGUACCCAGGCCACGGGUUUCUCCGCAAGCUAUUCCAAAGCCACAAGUUUCAGCUCCAGCACUGCCUAAACCACAGGCCCCUGCUCCAACACUACCACAACCUGAUCUGAGCACAGAUAUUGUAGAACUUAACAGGCAAUUAAUGCAAAAGCAGAGCGAACAGGAAAUCAAACAAACGUUGUCCGGAAUUGUACGAACUGAUUCAGAUCUUGGAGCAAUAAUUCUUUCGGAGGCUGAACUCACAGACUUAUCCAGACGAGUGGGUGGCGCAGCCCCGAGACCAGCAGCUCCAGCUCCUCAACAAAGAAGACCAGAGCAGUUACCAAAGCCAGCAGCACCAGCACAAAGAAAACCAGCUAUUCCAACACCUCAGCAAAGGAGACCAGCAGUUGUUAGACAGAGAAUUCCAGCUGCUCCCAAACCACAGAUCAUCGGUGGAAGUGCAGGAGCUGUGAGUGGAUUCGAUCAACGUAUAAGAUACACUGGCACUCGAGUGACGACUUCAGGAGUACAAAGUGCAGGACGAAUUAUUCCAGGGCAAGCAAUCGGAGGUACACCUAUCAUUCAAGGAGAAAACAUGCAAUUUAUUCUCGGUAAUGCUGUAGGAGGUUUCCAGCUCGGAAGUCAGGGAGCAGCAGCACCCAGGCCACGGGUUUCUCCGCAAGUUAUUCCAAAGCCACAAGUUCCAGCUCCAGCAUUGCCUAAGCCACAGGCCCCUGUUCCGAUACUGCCACAACCUGAUCUGAGCACAGAUAUUGUAGAACUGAACAGGCAAUUAAUGCAAAAGCAGAGCGAACAGGAAAUCAAACAAACGUUGUCCGGAAUUGUACGAACUGAUUCAGAUCUUGGAGCAAUAAUUCUUUCGGAGGCUGAACUCACAGACUUAUCCAGACGAGUGGGUGGCGCAGCCCCGAGACCAGCAGCUCCAGUUCCUCAACAGAGAAGACCAGAGCAGUUACCAAAGCCAGCGGCACCAGCACAAAGAAAACCAGCUAUUCCAACACCUCAGCAAAGGAGACCAGCAGUUGUUAGACAGAGAAUUCCUGCUGCUCCCAAACCACAGAUCAUCGGUGGAAGUGCUGGAGCUGUAAGUGGAUUCGAUCAACGUAUAAGAUACACUGGCACACGAGUGACGACUUCAGGUGUACAAGGUGCAGGACGAAUUAUUCCAGGACAAAGGACAGGAGCUACAACAGUCAUUCAAGGUGCAAACAUUCAAUCUGCCAUGAUAAAUUCAGCAGGCAUAGCUGGAGGCAGUGUUACAGGAAAUCAAAGAUCAUCAACACCUGUGCUUCGAGUUUCUCCUCAAGCUUUACCGAAGCCCCAAAUCUCUGCACCUGUUUUAAGGAAACCUGAGGACAAAAGUCCUAUUUUAUCGGGACCCGGCCUGAACGCAAAUAUAAUUGAAUUAAAUAGGCAGUUAAUGGAAAAGCAGAAUGAAGAGGAACUAAGACAAGCUUUGUCAGGAGUAUUAAAAGGAGAUACUGAUAUUAAUAAAAUUUCUCUUUCAGCAGCCGAGAUAAGCGAUAUAUCGAAAAGUCUUUCUGGUCGUGUCUCUGGUCCCUUGUCUUCCGACUCGUUUAUUCCAGUUUCUUACAUAGGUCCUGGGAGAGAUGGUCAGAGAUUACCAUCAGGUUCUAGGGAUCCUUCAUUGCAAAGGUAUGGAAGUGGCGUAAGAGGUUCUAUUUUUUCAGGUUCAAGAACAUCAAAUCCACAGUUAUCUUUAGAAGGUGCCUCUAAGAUGCAACCAAUGAUCCAAGUUCAACAAAAGGUUGGUCAAGAAAGCAUUGAACUGCAGCAGAAGAUUGAACCGAAUUUGGCUGUAGCACAAGCUGAGGAACCAGUUUUUACCCAAAGUGUAAAAGCGAUUAAUACUCCAAUUAGUCAAACUGUUCAAAAAUUGUUAGACACGAGUGAUAGUAGUCAGUUACAAAUGAAAGUCGAUGAUGUUAUUGAGCAAAGUCAGUUGCCGAAGCCAGUAGUUUUUGAACAGAUGCAAUUGAAAAGAAAUAUUGGCCUACCAUCUAGAAAAUCAAAAAUGGUUUUGGACAAUCUUAGUCAAAAAUAUCUGCAAGAAAAACUUCCAGUAGAUGUCCCUAGUUACGUACCUCUUCCAUCAUUUAUGUCUCCAUUCAAUUACCGUGUUCCCCACCUUCGAAGCCCCAUCGUACAGCAGCAGGAAAGAUUAGAUCAAAUUUUAGUGUGAACGAAAAAAGAAAGAAACGCAAUGUUAGAUAUAGCUUUAUAUUGAAUAGUUUUGAAAUGAGUAUAAAUCCGAAUUUAUUUUUAAUUUUAUAUUAAAUGUUUGUAUUAAAACUC